CUAUUUCAUCCCAAGUACAGAAAGUGUAAAAUAGCGCAGCUAACGAAGAACAGGGCCGUCGGUGACGUCGGUGUUUCAUUAAAAUCCUGUUGUCACUAUCCCACUUGUCCGCGUGUCAACGCGGCGAGUAGCUGCAGAAAGUGAAAGCACAUGGUCGAUACGCGAGAGUAGAAUAUCUUCCGUACCGACCGUUCGCGGAAUGCCGCAAAUACCGAAGAACCGAAAGGACUGGUAGCAGCGACGCGACGGGGACGAGGGGGUGGAGACCCCCCGCUUUCACCUCCCGAUGGUUGAAUCACGGCGGCGGUGACGCGGACGCUGCGAGUGCCGGAGUGCUACGAGUAGUGUCAGUAUUGAGUCAGUGUGUGUCAGCGUGCUGUCACGUAUGUGACAGAUCCGGUCCCAUGCUACGUCCGGACCGUCCGGACUUCGCAUCCACUUUGCUCCAAUAAAGUGUAAACGAUUCGCGAGGAAGGAUACCUCUGCGAUCAGGACAGGUGUCCCGCAGGCUGGAUAUCGUCGACUCGAGAUAUAUUUUGCUGACCGCGCUGCUAUUCGGGAUACUCGAGGAUCGCUAGGAAGCUUAUGAGAAUGGAGAGAUCCACAGAGCAGUUGACGAGGUGCAGCACUGUAACGUUGGCGGAGGAAACCGUGGAGGACAUCAACAACAUAACGGCGUCCCGCACCGAAAAGAUCAUGAGUGUUUGCAGAAAAACGUUACGCUGGAUAUACAUGGUGGAUCUGGCCCUGGCGUUGGGAAUGACCGUACUCCUGGCGAUUCUGGAAUUCAACGUGGUGCCAUACCAGCAAAUAGGCUUCUUCUGCAAUGACCCGAAGAUCUCGUUCAAAUUCACAGGCGACACAAUCUCCAUGGCCCUAUUGAUAGGCUUCAGUAUAGGCCUGCCUUUAGUAGUGAUAUGGAUCGUGGAAUACGUCUGUUAUCCCGCCGACAGUUACGAGAGCGCAUCGUGUUACGGCACCCGGGGUAGACAGAUCUGGCGUUGGUACGGCCACUACGGCGCGGGGAUUACGACGCUCACGCUCGUCUGCGAGAUCAUGAAACUCCUGAUCGGCGAGCCGCGGCCGCACUUUCUCGACACGUGCAAACCGCGCGAGGCGGACAACUGCACCGAUGAAUACGUUAGUUCUUACACGUGCACGAAUACCGAGUUCUCCAACUGGUUCGUCAAUGACUCCAGCAAAUCCUUCCCCUCUGGUCACUCAGCUCUUUCCGUCUACACGAGCAUCUUCUUGGUGUGGUACCUGCAGAACCGUCUGCCGAACCGGACGUUGUUUCUGAAGCCGUGGCUGCAGUGCCUGAUGGGCAUGUGGGCCGUUACGUGCUCGAUGACCCGAGUGGGCGACAACCGGCACCACUGGUGGGACGUUCUCGCCGGCGACGUCCUCGGGCUUCUGUUCGGCCUGUUCGUCGUGACGGUGCCGUGCGGGCACUUCUGCCUCGAGCGCACCGCCGCCGCCGUCGCGGCGACGCACGCCCUUAACGAGCCCCUGGAGAACGGCCAGAUCGGCGGCUACGACGUGCGGCGCAAGCAGAGCGCCAAGAAGCUGCUCAAUCCCGCCGUCGUCGACGUCUCGGAGGGCCGGGAGAUGAAGGACAUCACGACCUGGAGGGAAUGAGCGCGACACAUUCACCUAGACGAUAAGAGAGCGAUUUCAAGGGGCGGGGAAUAUAUGGAAUCGCGUCAUUCGUCUCGGAAAAGAUCGAAUCACUCGUCCGUUCCAAAAAUAUAGGUAUAUUUUCGCUGUACCUGAUUUUUUUUUAAGUAAUAAUAAUAAUAAUAUCAAUUUUACCGAGUACAGUAGUCGUAACGUGUCGUACGUAAAGGAGCAGAAGCAUAAUAGAAAUUAAAGUUGCAUACUAACGAGCGAGGGCAAUGAUACCGCUCUUAAAUCUCUAUGAUACUAAAAUUCCAAAUAUGAACAUCUGAACUUGAAGUUUUAUACCUUUGUGCAUAUGAAGGUAAGACUUAAAAGACAAAGCAGAAAUACUAGGAAAAGAUACUCUAAUAAUAGUAUAAUAAUAAAAAAAUUUUUUUAAACUAGUGACGUCAAUAUAAAAAUAAGUAUUAACUUGUUUUGGCUCAAUGCUUUUUAACCUUUAACACUCUCUUAGCUUAAAUGAUGUACAUAUAUACAAAGUAUGCAUACACAUAUACUGGCGUAGAUACGCACACGUAUUUCUAAAUACAGUCUGUACAGAAGAAUUAUACAUAGAUAGAUAGAGGGGUAACGAAAACAAAUAAUAAUAGAAUAUAAUAAAGAUAAAUGUAGAUAUAUAAAGUAAGAAAUAACACGAAAUGAUAAUAAAUAAAGUAAAUACAUCAGAACUGUAAAUGAAAAAUGAUAGGUAUUAGGUAUAUAGAGAAACAGCUGAUUUAAAGAAUGGGAGAGAGAUGAGGACAAGCGAGUAUCAGGAAGUAACGAAUUACAAUAUUUCACCGCGGUGUAAGUAGGCGCGCAUUUAUGCAACAAACCCGGCUGCAUCGCGGCCAUUGAUAAAUGAGCGAUAACGGAAUGAGACAGCGACAGAAUGGCUCCGUACGAUUGUAUCGAUGCUGGCAAAUGGCCCUCGCGUUUCCCAAGAAAUAAGGAUUUCGGAGUAACGUCCUUUCCGAGACGAUUGAUUCGAUCAGGUGGGGAGGGAGGAAUGUGUAACAUGCGAGCUCUUAGUAGUGGUUUUCCUCGAAGCCGCGAUCGAAUGCCGGAACGCACGAGAUUUAUUUUCGUAUUAACGUACAAAUUGCUCAGUACGAAAUAGUGAGUACGAACGUUUUACAUUCCACUGGAAAAAAAGAGGGGAAAAAAAACAAGAAAUGCACAUAUCAGAGUCACGGAUGCAUCGAUCGCAAGAGGUUCUUCGCACAUCGAUGCAGGUGCGAAGUGUGACGCGCUAUAGGGUCGGAAGAACGCUCGCCAGGCGAUCCGCGCGGAACUGCCUAUCACCGACUUGCACCGAUCCGAUAUAUAAUGUAAGAAACUCGCGGGGCUUACAAGUAUCGAGCCAAUUAAUCGCACGGGAUGAUAAUCCAACGGGGGAGAUAACUUAGUAAUCGUCCACCCGAGAUAUUUAAUCUCGCCCCCCCUCUCAUGCCGACUUCUCUCUCUCUCUCUCUCUCUCUCUCUCUCGGCGUCUCAAAUGCUCCGCUCGUUCUUAUCAGUAAUUUACACUUCCGCUCCCGCGGUUGAUUACAUUAUUUAAGAACACUGUAGCUUUAACCUUCUGAUGCACUUUGAACGCGGACGGAGCCCAAAACGAGGGCAAAGUCGCGCGUAAUUUUUUAUCACACGUAUAUGUACAAUUUUGUAACGUGGUGAAAAUUCAGUUGCUUUAAUUUUUAUGUCACGUAACGCACGAUUUUCAAGCGAAAUGAAAAUUGAAUAAAGUCAGGAAGAUUGAGUCAGAGAAUAAUUGGAGCCGAGAGAAUAAUUGGAAAAUAAGUCUCGUUGGGCGGAAAUUAUAAUUUAGGUAUUCGCGUAAUAUUUAAUAUUUUCGUAGGUACAUAAGAAUUUUUGUAUUCACAUUCCAUGCGCAGCUUUCAAGUGUAUGUACAUACUUUUAAUGUGUGUUUGCGAAAAUAUUCUUCUUUUUUUUUAAUUUAUUUACGCGCGAACGAGGGAUGGAGGAGUAACAGUGAGAUUUAUACAUUAUUACAAUAUGAGUGCCUUUAUACGGAUGCUCGGAAAGGAGCAAGCAUGUAUUAUAAACAGUAGUAUUAUUUACAGUUACGUAGUAUAAUUUUAUUGUCUCGUUUUAUCAUCUUCAGACCUUAGAGGUAGACGUUAAUACGUCGCUAAUGAAACGUCUCUUUUUUUAAUCGCGUACGGAAUAAAUUUUCACAUCGGCCUUUUUAAUCGGUGAAAAGUUAUUAGAUAAGAACGCAUCCUUUUUUCGACGAGCCUCGUGCUCCAAUACCUUCCGCAGUGGUAUUGAACAAACGUAUGUGCACGCAAGGAACACGAAGUGUUCGUCUGUCGAAGUUAUGGACCAUAAAUACAAGUAGUGUUUAUAUACCACGAUGCAGCCACGCGGACGGAUGAUGGUAAGUUACGCGAAAUUGAAGUGAUUACGUCGUGCGCGCGAGUGCGCUUUAACGCUGCCGAUUGUUAUUCUUACAACGUACGUCUUAUACCGCCGCGCCGUAAGAAGCGUGUUAUUUAAUGCACCUGCUGAUUUCCGCCACUGUCUGUAAUCGCGGGUGCUGUACAUAUAUCGUAGAGAAUAUCGUAUUUUUAAAGAGAGCGAACGCGGCGCCAGUCGUAAGAGACUCCGGGAUUGUAAUUACUAUAUGUAAUUUAAUUAGCCUAUAUGCGCCGACCUUCCGCGCGAUUGUGAUACGUCUCGCGAUCGUGUACGCACGUGCGCGUGUCGCUGUAUAUGUAUGCUCUAUACUUACUUUUUACUCAAGAUUAAUUUUUAAAGCUGUCAGUCCGAAGGCAGCGCCCUUUUUUAUGGCCUCGCGAUCAUGAAACAUCGGAAUUUGUAUAUAUAUAUUUCUCCGUAACUAAAUCCGAGAAUGCUCGUAAGAUUAAAACGAAAAAGUGUUUUAUAUACAUAGAAAGAUAAUAAUAUGUAUUUUUACAUUUUUAAACUUCUAAAUUCUUUCAUAAUUUUCAUCCUGAGAUCAAUAAUUUACUCCUUAAUGAAUAUUUGAUGAUUCAGAACUUACGCGUCGUUAUGCUAAGAUUUUUACAUAAAUUACAUACAUAAAUUUAAUACUGCGCGGACACAGUGGACCUUUUAAGGCACAGUCGAUUUUUUAUUUAUGUUCCUACGGGAAUGGAAAAAAUGCAAUAGUUCCGGCCUACGUAAGUAUAGAAAUCACUUUUUGAAACCUUAAGGAUGAUACAUGAAUUUUUAUAGAUUUUUUGUAACACAGAAACGCUUUCAAAAACCCUUUGGACUUAAAAGUCCCAGGGUGUCCGGGUGAGUGCUCCGAAAGCACACAGUGUCCGCGCAGUGUUAAAUAGAUAAUAUAUAAAUUGUAUAUGGAAUGAAAAAAAAAAAACGCUUUUUUUUAUCGCGCUAUGCGGCUCGUGAAAUGUAUAUGAUCCGGAGAAUUUGUUCUGUUAUCUUGAUACUUUCCAUAUGUACAAAAUAGUAUAUAACUAUUCGUCUGUCACAAGGGAAUAAAAUACAAGAGUUAAAAAUAAAA